AUGCACUGUUUGCCGAGAUUUUGGAACAUAUUUCGACGGGAGAGUUGGAGCCUGCAGCAGCGAGUGUGCGACGCCUCAAGUCGUUGCUGGUGUUCUCAUCCGGGCGUCAAUCACGAAAGAAAGGAGGUUGGCAGUAUGCUGCUGAUUACAUGCUUCACACAGUGUUGCUGGCCGAUUGCCUUCGGCCUCUACAGCACGAGGUGCUUGAAAAUGGUUUUGCAGCCGGACGUUGCCGAGCAUCUGUUGCAGGGACUUGUUGCUCCCCCAGCGCACAUCGAUUUAUGGGUUUCGAAUCAAGAUGGACCUUUGUACAAUGUUGUUUCCUGGUUUGCCCGAGAGUACGUCUACGGGGAUGGCGGUGAUUGGAUCAUGCAUGUGCGUGUCGAUUCUUCACCCCAAUUCAACCGGGAUUACCUGGUAUCAGAAGUGGAUGUGGUUAGCUUGGACAAGACAUUCUCUAGUGAGUUGGACACUGCGAUGCAGGAUGUCGGCUUCUCCACGCGCAUCAUGCCUCUCCAGGUUCUUGGCCGAAGGGCCACAAACACUGCUUACAAGUACAGGGCCUUACUAAGGGCUUUGAGGCUUGAAGUUGGAAGUGAGGAUUUGAUCAAAGCCAGGACCUUCAGCAUGUUGCAUGACAUGGGGGUCGAAUCGAAAUUGGCCAUGGUUCCUGGGUUCAGCUCAGACUGUGACGAUCGCUGGUUCGACAAGGCGCUGCCCUUGCACGAUCUGGACCACGGCUUGCACAAUGUAAUGCUGGAGCUGAACGAUUGUUGGAAAGCUGAUUUCUACAAUGCAUGGGAGCGGCAGUUGAACACGAUGGCUAAGCAUUUCAGCAAAGCAGACAACAAUGAACGUUUCGUCAAACAGUGUAUUUGGGAUAAUCCUAAGAUCGAAGGGUAUGCCCGGAAGAAAUCGAUUGCAGGAAUGUUCAAAAGCAGUUGCCCAACACUUGUCCAGCAUCGCUGGCAGUAUAUGCACGAUGUUCUCUUGUGGGUCACCGAUCGCAGAAAGUUUCUUAUGUACUUGGACCCCCAUGUUGUUUCCAGCAGGGAGGAUAGUGAUGGCCGGCCAGGGCAGUCUGACGAUGUCAUAUCCGAGAUGGAUGCGGCUGCGUUCAAGCUUCUUUACACUGACAAGCUAGUUUGUGCUACGUUCUGGGCAAUGUGUGCGGUUAUGCUUAUCUUGUGCAAGUGGGGUCACACGGUUGUGGGCUGGCUACAUGGCUGCUGGUGUCAUCCAACCAAAGAUGACAGAGCCCAGUAUCGGAAAAAUAAUAAGGGUGCCAACUGCAAAUGGUCUGGCAGGCGGCUGAUUGAACUGUCGUGCGGUAGUGCUUUGGAAUUCAUGGGUGACUUACGCUCGUUGAGAAUUGAGAACUCGUCUCUCGCUAUGGAGUCGAUGGGCCUCCUGGUAAAGGAGCAGCACAAAGUUUCAGGAGCUUCAGAGGCUGCAGGCUUUGAUUUGGCAUCGGACAUUAUUUCGGUGGGGUUUGUCACGGCGAAGAGGAUGCUUGAAUCCCGAUUCUCCCAGCUGACAUCUUUUGUUAGGGAGCCACCUUGGAAUCUGAUCAGUCUGUUGCAGUUUCUCAUCGUGCCUGCAUCUGUCCGUUCCGGUGCUAUUGUGGAAAGCCGGCAAACUGCAGCAACAAUGCUCCAGAAAUUUGAUCAGGGAAGAUUCGGAGAUGUCGGUGACAUUGGACGUCGUUUUCUCCAGACCACUCACAGAUCGGCGUUGAAGCGCUGGGCAAAUUCCCAGGACAAGUUCAUGGAUUUGCCCCUGUUCAGGGCACUAUUGGCUUAUGCUUCCAGCCUGAAUGUCAUGCAGCGGCUGGAAGCAAAGCACCACCUAGUUCAGGCCGGCGCAGCCGUUUUUUUUCUGCAGCAAGAGAACUGUGUGCGGAUGUGUUCAGCGCGAGCCCUGGGCGUGGCGCACCUUUCUGCAAAUAUACGACGUGCUUUGAACUUCGAUCUGGAGCGGCCGGAGUUUGAACGCAAUCUGGAUAGAUAUCUUUCCAGCUUCUCUUGUCUUGUGCAAGAAGAAUGGGGGUCAUUUAAAGAGUUGCAGUCUUUCACGACGGGGCACAAUCUUGAAAUCAUGUUUGCCGAUCGCUCACCUGAUAUGCAGAUGAUUGCUGCCGCGAGCAAAGAUACCACCGAGGAUGAUCCAUCUUUUCGUGACAAGUUGGAUCAUGUCAUGAGCCUCAUGCGCAAGUCGGGGCAUUAUUGCAUGCCUUGCUUGCAACAAAGCAAUCCCAAUGUCACACAGUAUAUGUGCUUUCAAUUGUUGGGUUUUCGUCCAAGCAACAAGAAGUACAUGCAGAGGCUUACAAACUGGGGGACGAACCGUUGGCACGGUCAGCUUGCGUGUGCGGUCUUGGGGUCGUUCAGCGUAGACAACCCAUGCGUUUGUUUGGAAGAUGGCGAGAAGGUGGACCCCCCAACAGUUGAUGCUGCCCGAGUGGUCCGAUCACAAACCUGCAGUGUUCAGACGAUUCCACUGGAAUCUUUUUUUAAGAACAACAACAUAGAUCACCUUCAUCAGUUCCAUGUUGUGGAGCAUCGGGUCGAUUUCGACACGGAGAUGGUAGAUGACAUGUUGUCUGACGAGACCGAGUGUCAUGACUUGGCCCUCACGAGUCUUGCCUGUAGCGAGCUGAACUUUGACGACAGUGCGACUGCCAUAUGCCAUCUUGGCAAAAAGGCUGUGCAGACAGGACUGCCGCUCAGUGUACCACCGUCGCAUCAGAGUGCUGCUGAUUGGAUCGUGGAGCACGAGCUCGGCGAGUACAAUGACCGCCGGCAGCUAGUGGUGCAAUCGCUUGCGAUGAGCUUUGAAACGCAUUUAUCAGCUGUCAGGCCGCUUGAUGAGCCCGGUGACCUAAUCGACCAUAGCUUGUGGUCGCUGCGUCGUCAGCUUCGGUCUCAGGGUUGGUGCGAAGCUGAGAAAGGAAAGAGACUGUCAGCCGCACGGAAAUACUUCUCCGGGAGCAACAGGGCGCCCAGCUAUUAUGUCAUCUUGAUUGAAUGUCCGCAGCAAGCCGCAAGUUAUGAAGAGAACCAGAACUUUGCUCAUUCUGGUCUGCGCGCCUAUUUUGACACGCUGCUGCUUGCGAUGCGAAUGCAAUCACCUGCUACCUUCAUGGUGCCAAGAGGGAUGAAUGCAAAGGGGUAUGAGGCUUUGGCGCAGUUUUUGCAAGGCCGCAAACCGAAGUUCUUAAUGGGUGCACGUUGGUGUCUUGUUUCGAAUCGCGAAAUAAUGUUUGGCUGUCGUUCGAUUGUGCUAGGCGGGUGCUGUGGAGCUGACCCACGGCGAGAUGAAUCUUUUUUUCACAAAGUGAAGCGUGCCCGGCGACCUCGUGCACACUCCAUUCCUCCACGCAAGAGUCGCAAAACUAGCGCUGCCGCACCCGAGGUCUUGUCUCGAGAGUCUCAACCCGGCAAUUCUGGCGAUCCUCUAAUGGUUAUUUCGUCUGGCGAAGAGGAUUUGGAGGAUUGCAACAUCUUCGACCCUCAAGAUGAUGAUGAUGAUGAUCCGCCGAUUCCGCCAGAAUGGUUGGAGGAGUCACAUGCCAACGAGGAUGCGACUGGCACUGACGAUGGUGCGAUGAAUCCAGACACGGACAUUGGCAGUGUUCCCCCGGCUGACGUGGAGGCCCAGCUUGAUGCUGGCAAUGCCGGGAAAUCCGAGAGUGUCCCUGUGCCCUUCUUUGAGCCUCGAUGCCGCACUGACGGGCAUCGUGCGGUCUGUGAAAUCCUGCUACCGGUGCUGCUCGAAGUCAUGCGGGAGCCUGCAUGGUGUGCUAGAGUUCCUCGAGAGCAAGUUCGUCAGGCUGCUCACCGUCGCUUGAUCAGCACAUGUUCGGCGCAUGGCCGGGAGUGA